GAGCGACAGAGGCUUUCUGGGAGAGACAAACUCCUCUGAAGCCCGAGAGAGAAGCAAAUCUCUACAACACCAAUGGCGAAGCCAUUUAGUAGCAAUGAUGGGAGACCAUUCCAUGUCGUGACGCCUGUGCUGGAGAGCGUGGCUCUUUCACAAGCUGCUGGCACUAAGGUCUACAUGAAGAUGGAGAAUGUCCAGCCCACGGGAUCCUUCAAGAUCCGGGGUGUUGGCUACUUUUGCCAGCAGGUUGCCAAGAAAGGCUGCCAACACCUGGUUUGCUCAUCAGGUGGCAACGCUGGCCUUGCCGCAGCCUAUGCAGCCAGAAAACUUGGUAUUCCUGCCACCAUAGUUGUCCCCAGAAGUGCCACGCAGUCAACGGUGAAGAAGCUGGAGCAGCUUGGAGCAGAUGUGCAGAUCUUUGGCAAGGUGUGGGAUGAUGCUAACGACAGAGCGAUGGAGUUAGCUGAGACGGAUGGCUGGGUCAGCGUCCACCCUUUUGACCACCCAUUAGUGUGGGAAGGUCAUAACAGCAUCGUCAAGGAACUGAGGGACACCCUGGAUGCCAAGCCGGGCGCCAUUGUGCUCUGUGUGGGAGGAGGUGGCCUCCUGGCCGGAGUGGUGUCCGGCCUACAGGAGGUGGGUUGGAUGGACGUGCCCAUUGUUGCCGUGGAGACUAGAGGGGCGGACAGCCUGAGCGCAGCCAUCCGCGCCGGACGACUCGUCACUUUGCCUGACAUAACCAGUGUGGCGAAAUGCCUCGGGGCCAAGACGGUGGCGCAGAGGGCCUUGGAUUGUGCCAACGAGUGGCCGAUCAUCUCUCAUGUCCUGGAGGACGUGGAAGCUCUGAAAGCCGUGGAGCAAUUCCUGGAUGACGAGCGCAUGUUGGUAGAGCCAGCCUGUGGUGCCUCUCUAGCCUUCCUCUACUCCGGCUAUGUUCAGCGGUUCCAGGAGGAGGGGCGGCUGAGCCGGCCACUGCACUCCAUCGUUGUCAUUGUCUGUGGCGGAAGUAGCAUCCGGAUGUGUGAGCUCCAGGCCCUGAAGAGCCAACUGGGGAUGAAGUGAAGGACAGCAGCGCUUGAAGUGCCAGUGGGUUCCUACUGUCUUCAGUAGGCAUGUGCGGAUUUUGUAACGUCCGCUCUGUCUGUGAAUUGUCAGGUGCCUUUGAUUCCAUCAUCCAGUCAUUAGCAGAAUGGGAUUUUGUCCCCCACCCUAUUUUCUGAAUUUGCCCAAAUUCUCACAUGCCCAAAUUCUCACGUGGCUGAAUUCUCACCUCCCUGAAUUCUCAUGUGCCCGAAUUCUCACAUGCCCGAAUUCUCACGUGCCCGAAUUCUCAUGUGCCCAAAUUCUCAUGUGCCCAAAUUCUCACAUGCCUGAAUUCUCACGUGCCCGAAUCCCUACAUGCCUGAAUUCUCACCUGCCCAAAUUCUCACAUGCCCGAAUUCUCACCUGCCUGAAUUCUCAUGUGCCCGAAUCCCCACAUGCCCGAAUCCCCACAUGCCUGAAUUCUCACGUGCCCAAAUUCUCAUGUGCCCAAAUCCCCACAUGCCUGAAUUCUCACCUGCCCGAAUUCUCACAUGCCCAAAUUCUCACCUGCCCGAAUUCUCACCUGCCUGAAUCCCCACAUGCCUGAAUUAUCACCUGCCCAAAUUCGCACGUGCCCAAAUUCACACAUGCCCGAAUUCUCACCUGCCCAAAUUCUCACCUGCCCAAAUUCUCACCUGCCCAAAUUCUCACGUGCCCGAAUCCCCACAUGCCUAAAUUCUCACGUGCCUAAAUUCUCACGUGCCCAAAUUCUCACAUGCCCAAAUUCUCACAUGCCUGAAUCCCCACCUGCCCAAAUUCUCAUGUGCCCAAAUUCUCACAUGCCUGAAUUCUCACCUGCCCAAAUUCCCACAUGCCCGAAUUCUCACGUGCCCAAAUCCCCACAUGCCUGAAUCCCCACCUGCCCAAAUUCUGACCUGCCCGAAUUCUCACGUGCCCAAAUUCUCACGUGCCUGAAUUCUCAUGUGCCCAAACCCCACGUGCCCGAAUCCCCACGUGCCCAAAUUAACACUUGCACAAAUUUGCAUUUGUCAAAUUUGCAGAUUUGCAGAUCCCCCACCCCGAAAUGUACAUUUCUCCCCAUCUCUAUU